AUGAUGCCCUUGUCGAUACACGCGAGGACGUUUGUUCCGUCGUCGACGACCUACUCGCCGUCUGGAGGUAAGGAGCAGACUGCUGGGGCCGCUGACGCGAAGGACUGUGUGUGCAUCGCCUUCUACGAGAACGGCAAGUGCCCGUAUCGUUCUCACUGCGAGCACGCCCACCGCUUUUCGGAGCUGAAUACAGAGACUCAAAUGAAAUUACUCCGGAGUGUGCCUGUGGAAUCCAUCCCGUCGCACUUCUUCGGCGCGUCUCAGUCACGGGACGAGAUGCUGGCCGCCCUGGAUGCCGCGCUACCGAGGACACUGACGGCGGAGUACAGCUGUUUUAGCCUAAUCCAGGGCGGCGACGCGGAGCGUACGGUCUCCACGCGUCGACGCCCACCGGGAAAGGAUCGCCAGCUGGUGGUGUCGCACAUUGGACCACAGUCACCGACUCUUAAUGCCGCCUCCCUUUCCAGUCGCACUUCUAGCAGCGCUGAGAGUCUCCACGUAAGUGGAACACACCUGCCCAAGCGUUCGUCAUCUCCCACGGCUGCCGCUUUCGCCGCUGCUGCUGCUCCCACCGCCGCGGACGCUGCGGCCUUUAAGAUGCAUCUGCCGCUCCGGUGCCGCUACCCGCAUCGCUCGAUUCCAGGCACCUACUACGAUGUGCUGGCGCUUCCUCGUGACGCCUCGCAGGACGACAUCAUCGCCAAGUAUCGCUCCUGGCAGAAGGACGGCUUCAAGCGCAUGCGCCAGGUGGAUCCCGUUGGGGCGGAAGCGGUGGACCGCAUGAUUGUGGAGGCGCGCAACGUGCUGGGAAACCCCAUAUUGCGUUCCGUCUACGAUCAGCAGCUGCCUUCUGCGCCAAUGAAGCAGCAGCCAUGGACAGCCGCCUCGGGCGGCGCCGGCUUGACGAGUACGAGCACGACUCCAAGCAAGUACCACACUCAAGGACAGUCCUCCACGACGUCUUCUUCAUCCGAAGCGCACCACAGGCUGGGGGAAUCGCACAAACGCCUCGGGCACAGCAGGAGCAACUCCAGCGUAUAUUACGCUGACCAUGCGGUCCCUGUGGUGACCAUCUCAAGCCUGCAUAAUGGAGAGAGCAUUUGGUAG